AAUUUGACACUUUUAAAAAUGUUAUUAAAUAACAUAAUUUGUUUAAGAUGAAUUCUUUUCGUUUUUCUAAGUCAAUUUUUCGAUUAAAAAGUAUUACAUAUCAAAAAAAAUAUGUAUCAUACGUUCAGGGACAAAGUCCCGAAUCUAACGUUAGAGAAUACUUCUAUUAUAUAGAUCAUCAAGGAAUGUUAUUUUUAGAUGAUGCCCGUAUGAAAAAUUUUACAUCCUGUUUUAAAGACAAAAAAUUUUUGAAAUUCUUCUUCAACCAGUUAAAAUUAAACAACACAGGUUGUUACGAAGAAUUUCCUUACAUAUCGUUAUGCGGUAGAGAAAGGAAUUUUGUAAGAUGUGACGAUUUUCCGAUAGUUUUCACACAUGUAGUUAAAACAGAAUCAAACGAAACUCGCUUGGGAUACAACCAUGCUGGUAAUUUAUUAACAUCAACGUUUUUUCCUGAUAAAAUAAUAAUGUUACCACAAACUGGUAGAGUAUAUCAUCCAUUUUCCGCUAAAGUAGGAGGGAUCGGAUUAGUAGCUUCCAAAUUGGCUGUAGAAUUCAGUAGAUUUUUCAAAUUUAAUAAUGGAGAGAUGAAUCCCCCAACUCACUUCACAUUUGAGGAUGUUACUUAUAAUUUAGAUACCUCGUGGUAUGAUAAGAUGAAAAAAUUGUAAAUCGAUGUUAGUUUGUGGGAUAUAAUUACACUCAAUGGGAAAAAAUAUAAUCUUAUUUAUAACCC